AUGGACAAUGACGAGGAGGAAGUUGAGCAGAUGGAACUAAUGCAUGCAUUCUUGGCACUACAAUAUCUUGUCGCUUCCAUAAACUUUGUGUGUGCUCUAUUUGUGGUCUUCAUGCAUGUUGCAUUGGAAAACCCCCGACCUAGGUUUACUAUCGCUAGGUCUCCGCAUCCAUUCCGAAUUCAAUUAGACAAUUUGAAUAAAUUGUUUAAAGGUAAUGAAUCAUAUUGUUUUGACCAACUUCGAUUGACAAAAGCGGCAUUCAUGACGUUAUGCACAAUGACAAGAAGUGUAGGGUUAUCUGAUUCAAGGUAUGUUGUAUUGGAGGAGAAGUUAGCAAUGUUUAUGUCAACCCUAGCCCAUCACAAAAAGAAUCGGGUCAUCAAGUAUGACUUCACAAGAAGUGGUCAUACUGUACUUCUGGCUCUAAUACGCCUCCACGGCGUUCUUUUUAAGGCACCAAAGCCUAUUCCAGCUAAUUGUACGGAUGAAAGGUGGAAGUGGUUUCAGAAUUGUCUUGGAGCACUGGAUGGGACAUACAUUAACGUCCGCGUUGCAGCUACGGAUAAACCCAGGUAUAGAACAAGAAAGGGGGAAAUAGCCACCAAUGUUUUGGGUGUUUGUGCCCCAGACACCCAAUUUAUUUAUGUAUUGCCGGGGUGGGAAGGUUCUGCAUCAGAUUCUAGGAUACUUAGAGAUGACGUCACUAGACAACAUGGCUUGAGAGUGCCUACUGGUCACUACUAUCUGGUAGAUGCGGGGUACACAAAUGGGGAGGGUUUCCUAGCACCGUAUAGAGGUCAACGAUAUCACUUGUCCACAUGGAGACACGGGCGUACCCCUACUUCUCCCCAAGAGUUUUUCAACAUGAAACACGCUUCUGCUCGUAAUGUGGUUGAGAGAACAUUUGGCAUUCUUAAAGCGAGGUGGGCAAUUUUGAGGUCUCAUUCUUACUUUCCUAUCUGGACUCAAUGUCAUAUAAUCACUGCAUGUUGCCUUCUCCACAACUUCAUAACACGCGAAAUGCCCAAUGAUCCAUUUGCACAAGUAAAUGAUAACCAACAAGAGGCACAUGAAACCGAAGAAGAUGAGUUCAUUGAUGUUGUGGAACCCACCAACCAAUGGAGUGAAUGGAGGACCACAUUGGCCACUCAGAUGUUUAAUGAGUGGCAGGCCAACAGGGCUCAUGGGAAUUUUACUUAGCCUUAGUUCAAUAGUUGGUUUUUAAUUACUGUACCGUAUCACGUGGCUUGUAUUUGACAUUCUUAAGGCUUUGCCAUUUGUAUUCUAUGUGUGAGUUGGAAUUUUUCUUAUUGUAAUGAAUUAUGUGCUUUGUAUUAUUUUAAUUUUCGUUUUCCUCUUAGACAUUUGUAUUCUAUUUAUGUGCGAGAGGUGAAAAUUUUUAUAGGGUAAUGAAUCAUUUUAUACUUGUGUAUUCGAAACCACAUAGGAAUGCCUAAGAAGAGUGAUGGAAAAGCAGCUAGGAGGUUUUGGAAUAAGCGUGAAGAGGAAUUCCUCCUGAAUACUAUGAAAGAUUUGGUCAUUGAGAAUGCUAUGUGGAAGCUUGAUUGUGGAAUGUUUAAGGGAGGCUUCUUCAAAGAGUGUGAGAAAAAAAUCAUACUCCGUUUUCCUGGCACUGACCUGAGGGCAAGUCCUCACAUUGAUUCGAAGAUCAAGACGUGGAGGAAACAAUAUAAUCUACUGCAAGACAUGAUCCAAUCCAGUGGCUUUGGGUGGGACGAUAGUGAGAAAAUGGUACUUGUAGACAGUGAUGAUGUAUGGGAGAAUUAUGUCAGGAGGGUCUCUGAUGCCAAGGGAAUGAGGAACAAGCCCUUCCCAUACUAUGAUGACUGGCUCACUCUCUUUGGCAAGGAUAGAGCCAAUAGAAAUCUUGCUAAGGCACUGGCGGAGACCGUUGCUGCUAUGGUGGGGGAGCCAUCUACUACCGAGCAAGGGUACUAUUCCCCUGUUAUGGACUUCUCCUUGGGUGGUGACACAGAAUUUCCUCUGGGUCGUGGUACGGAGUUUUCUGUCCCCCAUAAUACUCCUCAAUCAGCUGCACCUAGCUCCUCUAACAUGGUGGGAAAGAAA